UUCACGACCACACUUCGGCCGCCUCUUCCCCGGUUCUAGGGCCAAGUCUGGGGAAGCGUGACUUCUCGGAGGUGACCCCUGCAAGGACAAGGGGGGCCCUUCUAAGGGCGGUCCACGGAGCCCCCAAGCCAAGGGCUUGGCAGCAGCGGACGCUGGACUUGGGCAGGGAGGGAGGGAGGCAGAAAAGUUAUGAGUUCUCUGUACAAAUCAGGUCUAUAAAUGAAUGCUUUAUUCUGACUUUAAUUUUUUAAAUUGAGAAGCUAGCUACUACUUUCUUUUCAUCCAGAUGUUAUUCAAAAUUUCUGGAGAGAGCGAGUCCUGCCCGCAGAGUGGCGGGUUAGACCUGAGAAGUGUCCGUCCCGGGAGGCUUUGAUAAGCAAAUACGGCCCCGCGCCCGCGCGCUUGCUAUUGGCUGUUCCUCCACUGCCAGAUUUUGACACAAAUAAUCAGAUUGGAAAUCAAGGAGGGGAAAAGAGGAAAAAAAAAAAAAACCAGAGAGAGAGAGGAAAAAAAAAAAAGGAGAAGUAUCUGUUUGUGCAGAGAGUCACGAAGUUGGCAGAGUGGAGCCGAUCCCCAGAGAGGCCGCGAGAUUCCCGCGCAGGAGGGGCCGGCAGCCGGCAGCCGGACGGCUGCAGGGUGCAUGCUGACAAUGCCACGCUCCUUCCUGGUGAAGAGCAAGAAGGCUCACACCUACCACCAGCCUCGCGUCCAGGAAGAUGAGCCAGUCUGGCCUCCUGCCAUCAGCCCUGUGGCCAGGGACCAGGUCCUUAGCAAUGGCCCCGUCCUCAGCACCCUGGUCCCAAACCAGUGCCUGGAUUGGACCCACCUCAAACGGGAGCCAGAGGCAGAGCUGGACCAGAGCUUGGCCAGGACGGCCCCAGCACCAGAGGGCCCUGCUGUGAUAGCCCGACCCCAGGACAGGGACUUGCCACCCUCCGACUCACCCCCGUUCUACAAGCCCAGCUUCUCCUGGGAUGCCCUGGCCACAUCCUAUGGCCACAGCUACCGGCAGGCCCCCUCCACCAUGCAGUCAGCUUUCCUGGAGCACUCCGUCAGCCUGUACGGCAGCCCUCUGGUGCCCAGCGCUGAGCCACCCUUGGACUUCAGCCUCCACUACUCUCCAGGCAUGGACACAUACCACUGCAUCAAGUGCAACAAGGUGUUCUCCACCCCUCAUGGGCUUGAAGUGCACGUCCGCCGCUCCCACAGCGGGACCCGGCCCUUCGCCUGUGACGUCUGCGGCAAAACGUUCGGCCACGCCGUGAGCCUGGAGCAGCACACACACGUCCACUCUCAGGGGAUCCCGGCCGGGUCCAGUCCUGCGCCCAGCGUGGCAGUCCCGGGUCGCGAGGCCCCGCCUGUGCCUGACCCCCCGGGGCCUCGUUUCCUCCGGCAGGAGCGCAGCUUCGAGUGCGGGAUGUGCGGCAAGGCCUUCAAGCGCUCGUCCACCCUUUCCACCCACCUGCUCAUCCACUCAGACACCCGGCCCUACCCCUGCCAGUUCUGCGGCAAGCGCUUCCACCAGAAGUCAGACAUGAAGAAGCACACUUACAUCCACACUGGUGAGAAGCCACACAAGUGCCAGGUGUGCGGGAAGGCUUUCAGCCAGAGCUCCAACCUCAUCACCCACAGCCGGAAGCACACCGGCUUCAAGCCCUUCAGCUGCGAGCUGUGCACCAAGGGCUUCCAGCGCAAGGUGGACCUGCGGCGGCACCGCGAGAGCCAGCACCACCUCAAGUGAGGCUGCACCGCUUCUGGACCCCGGCCAGCCUGCCCUGAGGUCCCGGAACCCAGAGGGAGACCAGCCUCCUGCUCCCAGACCCCCAGUCUCCUGGAGGCAGCACUGGAUGGGAAUCUUCAAGCUUGUUUUGAGACUUGGGGAUUGCUGUGUGACCUUGGGCAAGUUGCUUUCCCUCUCUGGACCCAGAUUUUGCUGCUGCAAAGUGUGGGACCUGGGUUGGGCCUUUUCUGAGCUGAAGUUGUCUAGAGGCCUAAGAGCUUGGGUGCCUUCCCUAGGGCAGAGCCUAGAAGGCUGGAGAGGCCCCAUGUGGACAGGGCUCCUAGGACAGAUGAGAACUGGGGCCCACAAGAAGUCCCCCCCCACCUGCCCACUGCCCUCUAUGCUGGGAUCUGAUCACCUGGGAUUUUAGGGGGCCUCUUUCUGGUCACCAUGGAUGUUCAGAGCUUCCUCCUGCCCCAGUAGGGGGCUAGCGCCCCUCUGCUUCAGCCGGAUGUGCUGUCUGCCCCCCACUUCUGACCAGCACUCAGCUGGCCACGGGGUUUCCAAUUCUACUGUCAGACCACAGGGCCAGAGAAGCCUGCAGUUAUUGCUGUCAGAAGCCUGUUCCUUGCCACUGCUGUAAAUAAAAAU